AUGGGCAAGAAAAAAGAUCUACUGGAGAACGAACAGUUUCUUCGCAUCCAAAAACUCAAUGCCGCUGAUGCCGGCAAAAGACAAUCCAUAACAGUCGACAACGAAGACGAACUAUAUGGGUUAGGCUCUGCCAGUAGCUCAUCUACGAAUGAGCAUACAACUACCACGAUUACACAGAACCACAGUGUCGUGGCUUCAAACGGGGACGUCGCAUUCAUUCCAGGAACCGCUACCGAAGAUACCACCGAUACUGUGACUCAAGAAGUAAUUGAAACCGACGAUCACAUGUUCAAGACCCAUGUGAAGACCUUGAGCUCCAAGGAAAAGGCACGGUAUAGGCAAGGAUCAUCCAAUUUUAUAUCGUACUUUGAUGAUAUGUCAUUUGAACACAGACCUAGUAUAUUAGAUGGGUCAGUCAACGAACCUUUUAAGGCUAAUUUCGUGGGUCCCACUUUGGAAAAGGAGAUCAGAAGAAGAGAAAAAGAACUUAUGGCCAUGCGUAGAAACCUACACCAUCGCAAAUCUUCUCCGGAUGCUGCCAAUCCAGCAGGGGAAAAUGGUGGUGCUGCCUCAACUGGCGCCACGGCCGAAACAGUUGUCACCGUUGAAACUACCAUACUUUCUUCCAAUUUCUCCGGGUUGUACGUGGCAUUUUGGAUGGCAAUUGCAUUUGGUGCUGUCAAGGCCUUGAUAGACUAUUAUUACCAACACAACGGUAGCUUUAAGGAUUCGGAGAUCUUAAAGUUCAUGACGACAAAUUUGUUCACUGUAGCCUCUGUGGAUCUUAUAAUGUACUUGAGUACUUAUUUCGUUGUUGGAAUACAGUACCUAUGUAAGUGGGGGGUCCUGAAGUGGGGUUCCACUGGGUGGGUGUUCACUUCGAUUUACGAAUUUUUGUUUGUUAUUUUCUACAUGUACUUGACAGAAAACAUCCUAAAACUACAUUGGCUAUCCAAGAUCUUCCUCUUUUUGCAUUCUUUGGUAUUGUUGAUGAAAAUGCAUUCUUUCGCUUUCUAUAAUGGCUAUCUAUGGGGUAUAAAGGAAGAACUACAAUUUUCCAAAAAGGCUCUUGCCAAAUACAAGGACUCCAUAAAUGAUCCUGAAGUUAUUGGUGCUCUAGAAAAGAGUUGCGAAUUCUGUAGUUUUGAACUAAACUCGCAGUCGUUAAGCGACCAAAAACAAGGAUUUCCCAACAAUAUCAGUAUGAGCAAUUUUUUUUGGUUUACCAUGUUCCCUACCUUAAUCUAUCAAAUCGAAUAUCCAAGGACUAAAGAAAUUAGAUGGAGCUAUGUGUUGGAAAAAUUCUGCGCAAUCUUCGGUACCAUUUUCUUAAUGAUGAUAGAUGCUCAAAUCUUGAUGUACCCUGUCGCAAUGAGAGCACUGGCUGUGCGCGAGUCUGCAUGGACCGGCAUAUUGGACAGAUUAUUGAAAUGGAUUGGAUUACUCGUUGAUAUUGUACCAGGAUUUAUUGUAAUGUACAUCCUAGAUUUCUAUUUGAUUUGGGAUGCCAUUUUGAACUGUGUAGCAGAAUUGACAAGAUUCGGCGACAGGUAUUUUUACGGUGAUUGGUGGAAUUGUGUUAGUUGGGCAGAUUUCAGUAGAAUUUGGAACAUCCCAGUGCAUAAGUUUUUAUUGAGGCAUGUUUACCAUAGUUCAAUGAGUUCAUUUAAGUUGAAUAAGAGUCAAGCAACAUUGAUGACCUUUUUCCUAAGUUCUGUCGUUCACGAGCUGGCUAUGUACGUCAUCUUCAAGAAGUUGAGAUUCUACUUGUUCUUCUUCCAAAUGCUGCAAAUGCCACUGGUAGCUUUAACAAACACUAAAUUCAUGAGAAAUAGAACCAUAAUCGGAAAUGUUAUUUUCUGGCUUGGUAUAUGUAUGGGACCAAGUGUCAUGUGCACAUUGUACUUGACAUUCUAA